GAGUGUAAGGGUGGAUUGAGAAUUUGAGAUCAGUGUCCACGCCAACAUAGGUAAUCAGCAUAUAGUAAUGGUGGGGUCCACCGUCCACCCCAUAAACCUUUUGCUGAAGUCUUGAGCAAAAACGAUACCAUUCUGUCGUCGCUAUUCCCAAUUGCGGAGGUGAGACAAAGAGAAAGCACUCGCGGGUUGUGAUGGAUGGGAGAAGCAUAAGGAGUUUAAUAGGCAGCUUCAAAACAAAAUCGAAGCAAGUAUCCCUCUUGUGGGCGGUGGGUUUCAGAGAGGCUUGCUGUCUUCACCGCGUCGUAAUAUACUGUCUCAGGUCAAGGGAGAUCGCUAUCCGUACUGGACAGUGUUUCCUAUUGAAUGGCUUCAUUUUCUUGGGAAGUAUACUUGUUCUGAGAUCAGUUGUCAUUCCCACACUGCAAUGGGUGUUGCCUGAUGUGUGCCUCCAGAAUAAAUCUCAAGAACUAUGUCCAUUUGGGGGUAUUUCCAGAUUUUAUUCCUUGUUACAACAUGGACUGAUUCAACUCUUCUACGUGUUCUGGUUCUACCCAAUGUAUAUAUCCAGCUUUAUCCUAAACACACUCUGGUAUAAUGAUAUUGCAAAGUAUGGGUUUUUUGCAAUUGAGAAGCAUGGAACUUCUAGUUCAGAAUCAUUUGUUGAAAAGGAUACAUCUGCCAGUGAUAAGGCUACUGACAUUGAGGGUUUAAUGAUUGAGGUGGCCGAACAAGUAUACUCAGUUCUCCUGUUGAGUUUCUUCUUCUUGGAGGUUUAUGCCACUGGAUUCAUACCAUUUAUUGGAAAGGCACUGAACCUAUUGCUUCUUUCGUGGAUGUAUGCCUAUUAUUGUUUUGAGUACAAAUGGAAUUAUUCUGGUUUUAGUUUGGACAAAAGGCUAGACUUCUUUGAAUCCAAUUGGCCAUUUUUUGCUGGUUUCGGAAGUCCAUGUGUUUUGGCUGCUUUCUUUUACUCUCCUCUUGUUAGCUAUGGGGUUAUGGCUCUAUUAUUUCCAUUGUUUGUUCUGACCGCCACAGGCUCAGAAGCAGACAAAGUUAUUGCAUCUCAGAGAAAGAAGUGGAAUGGUGCUGGAUUGGGAAGGAUUCCUAUAUUUGUUUCUUCCAAUUAUCUAUCGAUGAAAGUGUUGUCUUUAUUUCCGAUUGGAUCACACCGGCAAGUGCGUGACCAGAAAGCCCUCUGAUUAUGUUAUUUUGGAUAGUGUAAUUCUUCAACAACAAAAAAGGGAAGCAGAGAAUAUUUUAGCUGUGGAAGAUUUCCAUCUGUAUAUAGCCAAGAAAACAAAAAAAAAGUGCUACAUUUGUUUGUUUAAUGCUGUACAUAUCUUUGUUGGCUUGCAUGAGAUCAAGCAAAAGCUCGAUCCACGCACAUGGUGAUAUGUGAAAAUUCCUUUUGAUGAAUUUGAAAUAGAAGCAUAGUCUCUCUCGAUC